AUGCCGUCGGAACGCGACUACCAAAUUUCCCCAAUUGUGCAGGAAUCUGUGAUGCACAACACAAAGGUGGGAUGGCUUCUUGACAGCCCUCACCAUUUGCGACGGGCGCAACUUUCUACUAACACACUCAUAUGUGCGCAGACCCUCUCGAACCUGCAAAGUCUCACGGCCUCUCUCUUCGGUGUUGCGGCCGGCAUCCUUGGUCUCGAAUCCUACAGCGGUUUCCUGUUCUACUUUCUCUUCUCCUUCUUAACCGUUGGCUUGUUUUACGUUCUCCGAAUCGCUCCGGAAUCAACAUCGGCAGGCUUGCCGUUUCUCGAUACGAGCCGCUACUUCAAAGGGCCAUUGGAUGUCUGGACGAGUGGGUUGUUUGGUGGUCUGCCUGGCUUCAUUCUUACCUGGACUUUAUUUUACGGUAUCGUGAGGGCAUAA